AUGAGUAACUUCGAACAACCGGAAUCCUCCUCCGGUAAAUUCAUCCACACAAUACAACCUCUGCGGGACCUCGAAUCGAAUUGGACCGUCGAUUUAGCCAAGAAUUUAGGGGAAUAUUUGAUAAAGAUUUGUUCCGGUGAAAUCACUGGCCACGACGAUGCCCACCUGUCCGUAAAUUUUGCUGAAGCUGCAUUGCUGCUUCAGGGAUCCAUACAGGUGUACAGUAAAAAGGUGGAAUAUUUGCAUUCUUUGGUUUUGCAUGCUUUGGAGUUCAUUUCCCAGAAAAGUCAGCAAGAUCAAGCAGAUAGUACUGCUGCCCGACCCGAAGAAACUAGUACACAUACUGAGAAGGAUGAAGAGGAUGAUUCAUUUUGGGUUUCAGAUGACAUCCCAGUGGAAGCAAAGAUUUCUUUGGAUAGUGCAACCUGUAGAGUUUCUCCCUUGAGUCACUUUGUGAGGGUCCCUGCAAAUCUAGUUGUCCUUGAAGGGGAUUGCUUUGAUGCUGGUGGUGAUAAUGGGGAACUAGAGUCCUAUCUGUUAGCCAACAACGAUCUUUACCGGGAUUUCAUUUUGCUUGACUCUUGCGAUGCCGUUGCAGUUAAUGAUUUUCUAAAUGGUGAUUGUAAAGCUGGCAAAGGGCAGACUAAUUUUUGUAGAGGCAGCUCACUGACCUCUAAAGGCCAUAAGAGCUUUCAGUCACCAAUAAGACAAUCUGGAGGAAAUGGAAAUAAGUUGGCAGUUGGAAAGAAUCCGGAUAACAAUUUUACUCACUCACCUUUUAUUAAUCCUUUCAUUGAGUCUAAUGACUACAAUGUGGGAUCUUCCCCUCCUGCCCAUGGUUUUCCUGACGACAACAAUGAUGAAUCUGAAAUGGGAAAUGGGUAUCCUGAACAAGGGGACUUGGAUGAAUCUGAUGAUGACGAUCCAUGGAAACCUAUGAAUCCUCACGAACCAGGGAAUUUGAAAGUUAAACCUUAUAAGAAAGUAAAAGCAAAUAAAAGGCAAGGGAUUGGUUCCAGGAAACAUGUUUCCAUAACCAAAGAAUUUCCUCUUGCAAAAUUAAACGGUCCCAUAAGUUCAGACCUCACUGAAAUAUGGGAAGCAAAACGUGGCAACUCAGAAAGACAAGGGAAAUCACAUACCCCACUUUACGAGAAGCUUCGGGAAUCGCUCGUUCUUGGAGGGAAUAAAAUGAAUGAUGCCUUUCAUGAACCCGAGGAUAACAUUGAAGAUCAGGGAUAUGAUAGCGGGGAUCCAGAUAGCGGCCCACCUGAUUUUGACUUUCCAGAGAACAAAUACAGUCAAGACGAUGUACCUUCUCACCAGGAAAAUCAUGAUGGUGCUGGCGAUCCCUUUGACUUCAAUGAAGCUUAUGAUAACCCUGGUACUAAUGCAAGCCUUGAAGAUCUUUGCCGGUCUCACUUGGAUUCUCUUCUUGCUAGUCUAGCCGAGAGUGAGAAGCAGACUGAAUUGGCUACCCGGGUUUCAACAUGGAAACAAAGAAUAGAGCAGAACUUGGAAGAACAAGACGCUCGCCCACCAUUUGAUAUUCAUGAAUAUGGUGACAGAGUUCUGGAUAAGCUAUCUAUGGAAGGAGAUGAGGGAAAGGCCAUGUCUUUCGGAGGUGUUGUCAGGGGACAAGAGAAGCAUGAUGUUGCUCGGACAUUUUCUGCUCUUCUUCAAUUGGUGAAUAAUGGAGAUGUGGAUCUGCAGCGAGGUGACAAGAAUGACAAUUUCACUUGCCACACUGCUGCUAAACCUUUCUAUGUUCGACUCCUAAGGAACAAUAGAAGGAAGGGAGUGCAGCUUCAGUCAGCUAAAAAGAGAGCUAAGUCUCCUUUAAUGAAAGGAUUUGCCAGUAGUAAAAGAAACAAGCCAGGGAAGGAGAAUCGCCCAGUUGUUAAUAAUUCAUCACCUUCAUGUUCUACAUCGACCUCCAGAUUCUGUCCAAGUCCACAAAAGGCAAGCAGUGCCCGGCGAACUCCUGAAGGCAAGAAGAGACGGAAAUCACGAUUUAUAGCCCCUUUAUACUUGCAUGCAGCAGGAUCAGCAGAUGAUCUCUGUCUAUUCACUUGUCCCAUGCUACUCAGGUCGUAG